GUGCAAGUGCAAGUGUAGUAGUACAAGGUCGUGUGUGUGAGGGAUAGUCAGUCAGUCAGUGUAUCGAUGUAGCGAAGUACAUAUCCCAGAUUAUGUGGACGACAGGUAUUUUGGAGAUGCUGGACACCAUAUUUAGGUUCGCGAUCAGCUUAGGCCUCUAUGGCCUACUGCUAGUCGCCGGUUUCUGGAUCUGGUUCCAAUGGAGUAACAGGGAACUAUUAAGAAUCGCAUCUAAAAUACCUGUUGCUUUACCACGAGUUCCAAUCCUGGGUCACGCAUUAUUUACUAUGCAGGGACCUGAAGAAAUGGCUCGGUCUAUACUGGAAAUGUCGACCAGAGCAAUAGAGAAAGGUUUGAAGUAUAUUUGCUUCUGGGUAGGACCGCUUCCCUUGAUAGUUCUUCAAGAUAUGGACGACAUUUCGACCAUCCUCAACGGCCAGAACACUUCAGACAAGGCAGAUGAAUAUGACUACUUCAUAACAGGACUGGACUCAGGGGUUGGACCGUUCAGGAAGAAUAUUCUGUCUUCGAGAGGAGCGGUGUGGAAAGUGACAAGGAAACAUAUGAACCCGAUGUUCCACCCACGCAAUGUUCAACACAUGGUGCCAACGUUCAAUACCAACAGCCGAGAGCUUGUUGAACGGAUGUCCCAUCACCUAGGCAACGGACCGUUCAACGUCCUAGAGUACACCAUGGACCUCGGGCUCAAGAGCAUCUGUAAUUUGAUUUUUGGACCUAAAGUUGAGAUUGAUGUGAACGCGAAAGGCUUCAAGGGACUUAUGUAUCUUGUGGAAGCGGUGCCAGAAAUAUUUAUUAAGCGUCUGCUCAAACCAUGGCUCAAAUCAGAGUUUCUGUUUCGACUGCUCAACCGAAGUCAGCUGAAGGGAUACACUGAUAAGUGGCUUGAAUUCUCAAAAACACCUCUUAAGGUUUGCAGCGAGGAACUAAAACAAAAGAGGGAAGGACGUAAUAUCACAAACAUAAACGAACUUCAUGAAAACUUAGCCAACGAUGAAAACAAAGAAAGAAUCAACUUUUUUGACGUGUACUCAAUUCUGCAACAGAAUUACCCAGAUUUCACCGAGGCAGACUUGAGAUGUGAAAUCGUUACUCUGUACUGCACAGGGACUGACACUAUAGGAUCUGGAACAGCUUCUUGUCUGUUGGCGCUCGCACAGUAUCAGGAUGUCCAGGAACGUCUCUACAAGGAGAUCUGCUCAGUGGUUGGUCCUGACGACGAUGACGUCACUCUAGAAGACCUCUCCAACAUGCCCUACCUAGAGAUGGUCAUCAAGGAGACACUAAGGAGGUUCCUAACAGUACCUUUCCUCCUUAGGAAGCUCACUAAGGAUGUUGAUCUGAGCGAAAUGACGCUUCCGGCUGGAACGGCUAUUGUUUGCAACUUGUCCGCAAUUCAUAUGAACCCCAAACUCUAUCCAAACCCGACAGAGUUUGACCCAGAGAGAUUUGCUCCAGAGUGCUCAGCUGGCAAAGAGAAGUUUGCCUAUGUCCCCUUCAGUGGGGGUCCGAGAAUUUGUAUCGCGAAAACGUACGCGAUGAAUCUGAUGAAGAUAGAAGUGAUCCAUGUCCUCAGGAAGUUCAAGCUUUCAACAACUCAAGAUAUUCAAAAAAUGAAGAGGAAGUUGAUAGUGACCCUAGUGUCCACAGAGGGCUACAACAUUUCCCUGGAGAGAAGAAACCCAAACAAACAACUGACUGAGAACGAUUGAAUAUCUUGAAACACGCAGCAAAAAGGCCAAAUAAAAACUAAGUUUACUAUCAAAGAUAUGAUUAUAGCCAUGGACUACAUAAUACAAGGCCGCGGCGAGAAAAGUGGCAACGCCGCAGACACGGCUGCUGCGUUAUUUCAUAAGGAAGCGUCUGUUUAGUCAAUGGUCUGUGCUAUGUUUAUAUCACGUUUGUAACUAGGCCUAUUACAGUAUUACGAUUGCAACAGUCCAGUGCGACGUUGCCACACCUACGUCACUGUCUUGUAUUAGAUGAGGCUUUGUUAUACAUUGUAAAACAUUAAUUAUUGGUCAUUACUUUUAUUUAUUUUUUGUCACAAUAGGUUUAGUUUUCAAAUGAAAUCACAGUAUUAAAUAUAUUUUUAUUUAUGAUUGAUUCUCUUCGGCAAUGUUUUACGCGUAAAUACUCUUCAUUUGUAAAUACGUGUUGAUAGUUUCGUUUCUAAUAAUAAUUUAAUACCUAAUAAGAGUUAAAAAAUAGACUAGUGAUAAUAAAUAUUGUAUAUUAGAAUUUUACAUUUAUUGGUUUCAUUUAGACCUAGAUGAAGAUAGCCUUUGGUUCAAUAAUUAAUAGUUGAAAAAAAAGAGAUUGAGAUUUUUUCAACUACACACACUUAAUUUUUACUGUCACUUAAUCCAAUAGUCCUAUCGUAAACUAAAUGCAGUCACUUAAUUUUAAGCAAAAGUAUCUGUUAUUAAAACAUAAUCAUUCAAAACAAUUGGUUGUUAUUGUUAUGCUCUAUUUAUGUUUAUUACUAGCUAAGAGCUUCAAGGGAGCACUUAAUUUCUCAAACAUGUUCCUCUACAUAUGAAAAAUACUUGUAAAUGAUGAAAAGGAUUGAAAUGACACAAAUAAAAAGGCAUUUCUACAUAUAAAAUAAUAAAUAUAAUUUACAAUUUUGUAUCUAUAAAAAUGUAGCACUUAAGGUGAAACACGCUAAAUACUAUCUUAACAAUUAGGUGAAUUCUGGAUUCCACAACUUUAUACACUUUGGUAAUUGUACUUUGUUAACUUCGGGGUUCCAAUUCAACUUUGUACCCUUCAGUACUAACAAGGGCUACAACCAGCUUUCGCUUGAUUUUGUGAAUGUUCAUGACAGCUUUCACUUUGUACCUCCUCAAUAUGUGUACAAGCAUAACCUUCAUGAUCAUCAUACCAU